CUAAAUACCAGAAGAUUUAAUAUCGUACGAAACCAGGCUUGCCAUCUAGAGAAGUGUGAUGGAAAAAUUUCUGGAGAACUAACUUAGCUUGCUAGCAGUAUCCAAACAUCUCUGAAGGAAGAGGAAGCGAUGGGGUCAGCCGUGGAGAGGAUGGAUGACCUGGUAAAAGAGUAUUUAAUAUACCGCGGUUUCACCAGCACUCUCAAGCAUUUGGACUCUGAAAUCAAAGUCGACAAGGAGAAAGGAUUCCGAGUGGAUAAAAUUAUAGAUCAGCUUCAACAGUUCAUGCAGAGCUAUGACUUGUCAGCACUGAAAGAUUACUGGGGAUAUUUGGAUCGGAAGCUUUUCUGCCGAUUGGAGGAUGUCUAUCGGCCCACCAUUAACAAGCUGAGGACCAGUCUCUUCCGAUACUACUUGGUGUACACUGUGCAGUCAAACCGAAUGGAGAAAACACAGGAGUUUUUUCAGAAGCAGGCUCUUGAGCUACAGGGCCAGCUUGAGUGGCGUGAUUGGUUUAUCCUGCCCUUUAUCCCCGCCCCUGAGCAGCACCCUGUAUUCUCCUCUUACUUUUCCCGCCAAUGGUCUGACACCUUCUUGGUUUCCCUGCACAACUUCUUAAGUGUUCUCUUCCAGUGCAUGCCUCUGCCAGUGCUCCUGAGCUUUGAUUCGGAAGCACAGAGAACCGUCGGCCUACAGGAGGAGAAUGAACAGCUUCGGCAAAUGCUGUUCGCUCGGCAGGCGGAGCCUCGGCCAAGGAUGGAGGAGGAAAUGGUACAUCACAAACUGCCCUCGUAUGUGCAGAACAUGGACCGGCUGGGAGACACAGAGCUGGACCUGGUGUCCAGCCAGCGGAAUGUCAGCCUGGCCACCCCGUCUCGGAACUUUUUCUCCACAUUCCUCCCCCAAGGAAAACGGGCACCUGGCAAGACGCCCCAAGGAGCAGGGUCCUCACCAACACAGGCCUCCAUGGGGCGGAGGGAUGCUGCGGCUAAUCAUUCAGUGAAGUCCAAAGAUCCUCCUCCCUCCAAGGACACCAAGAUGGCAUCCAGCAGCGGAGGAGCCAGUGAUCAGGUGGUCCGGCAGAGGAGACACCAGGACCACGAGAAGCAGCGGAAGGAACUGCUCUCCAAACCGGUCCCCCAGAACGUGGAGAAGCGGGGAGAAGGUGCCGACGCAGACCCCCACCCCGAGGGGACGGGCGACGCCACGGACUCCCCUCCCGGUCAGACGCGAGCGGCGGGGGAGGGGGCCGGGCUGGUGGAGCAGCCGUUCAUUAAGCUGAGCCAGGAGGAGUACGGGGAGCACCACUCAUCCAUUAUGCACUGCAGGGUGGACUGCUCUGGGCGGAGGGUGGCGAGUCUGGAUGUGGACGGAGUCAUCAAGGUGUGGUCCUUCAACCCCAUCAUGCAGACCAAGGCCACCAUCAUGUCCAAGUCUCCGCUGCUGUCUCUGGAGUGGGCCACCAAGCCUGACAGACUGCUGCUGUUGGGGAGCGGUGUGGGGACAGUGCGGCUUUAUGACACGGAGGCUAAGAAGAACCUGUAUGAGAUGGCGAUAGACGACGCACACCCACGGAUCCUGUCCCUGGCCUGCAGCCCCAGUGGGACGUCCUUCGUGUGCUCUGCAGCGGCACACAGCUCCCGGACGUCCAGCCUAACGGAGGGGGGCAGUCGCGUGCUGGUGCCUGUCUCAGGGCAGCUGCUUCUGUGGGACACCAAGACCGUCAAACAGCAGCACCAGUUCUCCCUGGAACCGGGCCCGGUGGCCAUAAACUGCACCGCGUUCAACCACAACGGCAACCUGCUGGUGACGGGGGCAGCUGAUGGCAUCAUCCGGCUGUUCGACAUGCAGCGGUAUGAGACCGCCAUGAGCUGGAAGGCCCACGACGGGGAGGUGUACAGCGUGGAGUUCAGCUACGACGAGAACACCGUCUUUAGCAUCGGAGAGGACAGCAAGUUUAUCCAGUGGAAUAUCCACCGGUGUGGUGUGAAGCAGUCGGAGUACUCCCUGCCCCAGGAUGCAACGGGGCCCUUCGUGCUCUCUGGGUACAGCGGCUACAAGCAAGUACAGGUCCCCCACGGGCGCCUGUUCGCUUUCGACUCAGAAGGACAGCAUGUGCUCACCUGCUCUAGCAGCGGAGGCCUCAUCUACAGGCUGAACGGAGGAGAGAACGGGCUGGAGAACGUGCUGCCGCUGGGCGGUCACAAGGCACCGGUGGUCACCGUGGACUGGUGCUCUGCCGUGGACUGCGGCACCUGCCUCACCGCCUCCAUGGACGGCAAGAUCAAACUGAGCACGCUUCUGGCUCAGAAGUCCUGAGUCUGCCACUUGUGUCAGACACGUGAAGUGGGUGCUCCUGCAGUAGUGGUCCAACAGCAGAAAGAGACCGCGUGUCAGACUGCCUGACUAAGGUUUAAUUCAGUUUUCUUAAGGCUUGCCAUGUUCUUUCUGGUAUUGUUAGUGAAAUAGUGUCUUCUGCUUGUUAUUUUCCCAUUUUGGGAAGGUCAGGUGGGCGGUCAUGCCUGUGUCUUUACUAAUGCUAUUUUUAAUAGUAUUUGUAAACGUAGGCCUGCGUUGCUAGGACACUGGAAAUUACCCAGAAAGAUGCUUUUCUACUGGUCUUCAUAUUCCAUUUUGCUACUCUUUUGAAAUUUAGUUGAUCUCUGUGAACUUGGUGACAGUGCAUCACAAGGGAAUGAAAGUGAUAUGCAAGGAGUUAAUGUGAUUUUUUUUUUUGAGAACUCAAAGCAUAUUUAGCCACUCAUUUCAUAAUGGCUGAACAUACUGUUCAAAUGAGACCCUUUAGAAAGCUAAAAGCUGGCACAGUGAGAUACAAUCGUAACUUAAACACAAACAGUUGUUCAUUUAAUUGUGUCAAAUCUAGCCUGAAUGAAUAUGUUCAUUCCGCAUUUCCUCACUUGUAGCUGGGGUAUUUGGGGCUUGCUGGUUUAGUCACUGUGAGCCGGGUUACCAUGCAGUUAAAUGGCCUCACUUCAGUAUUUCUGCUUUAACAUGGGUUGGACCAGGAGUUCUCAAUGAACAUCACAUUUAACCUGUAUUUCAGGCAUUAACCUCAAGGUGUCACUGUAGGCACCGUAACUGCAGUGAUUAGUGUCAAGUGGUCAAAUGAACGUAAUUAUACAAGUUACUAACGACCACUUGAAGAACAUGGCAUAAGGGUGCCAGUCACUGAACUAAGAUUGUUUCAGGGGACUGUCAGCAAAAAUAAACACAGAGGCAGAAAGAAUAUGGAAAAAAAUAACUUCAAGCUAAAGAUCACAACAGUAUCUGUCUGUUACACUAAACCGGUCGUUACUGUUUGUUCUAAACUCACAAUUUAUUGUUUCACCCCAAAAAAUGGCAGCAUUUGAAAUCAUGAAAUCACUAAAAACACGGUGGCUGAAUUUCAUAGGAAAGAAUGGGCAUCUUAUGUCAAUAAACAAAACAGUAAUAACCCUGGUGAGGGGUGGCAUGAAAUUAUGUACAACUUGACAAAAGUCAUCCCACAGAGAAAUUGAAAAUCUAAUAUUGUACUUUCCAGACACGCCUGUGACAAGUGGUGGAGCAAUUCCAACAGCUUGUCAACUCAGGAGUACUUGGUGUACAUACAAAACAGUGUUAAAUAGCUCAUCAAAAACAUCUGAGAGUGUAGAUGUCACAUAUGAAAAAAAUGGAUUCAUUCUUCCAGUUUUUAUUUGCUUCACAGGAAUUGAGAACCAAUAGCCGCACUGGUGCCCAUUGUGCAUCUCCAUUCUGUGAACUGUUCCAUGGUGGUUGGGGCCAUUCAAAACAGGUUAAAUGCAAAUUUGGUGAAUUUGAACAAUACCACUGGAUUUGUAUGAUAAUGCUACCUACAACUCUUCUGUGACAUCCUGUGAAAUGUAUUGCCAAAUUCAGUUAAUUUGCAUUGGGCAUUGUGGCCAGGUAACUUUCUGAAGGUUGACAAGCUUGUUGUAACUGUCAAAGAAGUUUUCAGACUUUCAGGCAUUAAAAAAAUCUUAGACACAGUCCUCCAGGAGGCAUUGAUUUCUACCAAUAAACUGCCACCUGGCUUUACGAAAUGCGAUGGGACCCCUACUACACAGCCGUAGUGCAUCUGCUUCUACACUAGAUUUGUGGAGGAUAAAAUGGAUAUCUCUGAAAACACAGCUGCACUGACAGUGAUGAUUAUACUAAAUAAACAUUCUGCUGAUUUUUACAUA